UGCCUGCAUCAUUAGGUUCUCCAGCUUGUGGAUAUUAUAAAAAUAGGGCUGGCUCUACACAGUGGGUAAUAAGCCUGUAACUUUGAUUAAUGAGGUCAAGGGGUCUUACGGAUGAUUUCUACACCCUGGCGACUGCCAAGGAGAAACAGUUUAUUGCUAGAGAUGCUGAAAUAUGUAGAGUUCCAGCCUUAUUUAAAGAUAUUAUAGUGCAAUUUUAUUAUUAUUAUUAUUAUUAUUAUUAUUAUUAUUAUUAUUAAUAAUAAAGAAAAGUUAUACUUAUUUUGUAAAGUCAAAUUUGAGGGUAAAUGUUGAUUUAAUCCAGGGUAUUGAAUUCAAGCACAGCGAUCAAAUGGGAAUACAGUACAAUAUUUUUUUUUGCUUUUGUUUAAUCUGCGGUGGGGGUGGGUUUGGGGUGUUGUGUACUCCCAGCCCGGUUCUAAAUGAGGCUUUUUUGGACCCUGGUCUGGCAGGAGAUCAGCAGCAGGCAGGUCCCGGGCUCUGCCAGACUCCGGAUGGCUCCUCGGGGCGGUUCGGUUCCACAUGAGGCUCCCGCUGGACCCCCAGCGCCCCGGCGUCCCGCUCCCAGCUGGUCUGCAGGGCUGGCGGGGGCUCCUGUGUGACUCUCCCAGCUGUUUCGGCAGGCUCGGGUCCAACCGCCUGCAUCUGUGAGGCGCCCCGCUCCGUCGCCAGCAAACAGGACCGCUUUCGUACCGCGUUCGGAUGAGAAACAAAAAGGGCAAGAAACAUCCAUCCAUCCGUCAAUCUAUCCAUCCAUCCAUCAGUUCAUGAACCCAUCAAUCCAUCCAUCCAUUAUCUAACCCGCUUAUUCCUGGUCAGGGUCACUGGGGGGGAGCUGGAGCCCAUCCCAGCAUGCGGGCAACUAACAACUGAUCUGAAACACGAAUGGUUUGACCCUAAAAUCUCUUUUAAAAACGACAAAAAUGCAAAUGAGGGCACACACACACAUCUCUGCCUACUUGAUUUCAUGACUCUCCCUUCGCGUUAUUUUUAAAAUCUUUUAGCUCAUAUUUCUGCGCCUGUUUACAUCACCUUGCCGUGGAAACUGAUGAGGAACAUCGGGCCUGCGGUCAGCGUGUUUCGCCCCGCACCCCCGCAGGCUCUCCCCCGCAUCACUAUUUGAUGACGCGGUGUCCCGUUCCCCGCCGCCUUUGUCCACACGAUCCCGCCGCUGAAUUAUUGAGCGGCCGGAGCCGGGGGGGCGGGACGGGCAGCUGGGGCCAGGUCCCAAAAAGAGAACGAGGGGGGACGGAGUGCGACAGCUCACCGCGAACCAGACGCCACAUUCCGCACGCGACUCCCCGAGAGCGAGAGGUCACCCCCACCCCCCCCCCACACCGCCCUCCUCAGGGCGCCAUGGCGGAUCUCCACAGGACCGAGGGACCCCGAAAAGUGCGGUUCAAGAUCGCCUCGUCCUACAGCGGGCGGGUCCUGAAGCACGUGUACGAGGACGGGCAGGAGCUGGACAGCCCCGGGGAGAAGUACCCGCACAGCUUCCUGAACGGCAAGGCCCCGCCCCAGCUGGAGGGGGAGCAGCUCUGCGGGCUGCAGGGCCUCCCGGACCCCGGCCUGUACCCCCCCACCGGGCUCAUCGCCCAGCGGAUCAACAUCUACCGCGGCUUCAGGCCGCCGGAGUACGGCGAGCUCGCCGCGGAAGAUUCUAGGUCGCCGGUUUUGGACUUUGGGAAAAUAAUAAUCUACACCAGCAAUCUGCGAAUAAUCCGCUCCCCGCAGAGGAAGGGGGAGGGGGCGAAAGGGCCCCUCGAGGGUCGAGAGGGGGACGAAGACCACGUUCGCAGGACGGAGGCGGGGGGACGUUCGAGACGGCGAGCUUUGUGUUCCCACGGAGACGGCGAACGAGCGCCGCGCGGCGCACACCAGGAGGACCCCAGCUGCCCCCAGUGCGGGGGCUCCGGCUGUGCCCCCUGUGCCCUGUGCCACGGCAGCAAGCUGUCCAUGCUGGCCAACCGCUUCAACGAGUCCAUCAGGGCCCUGCGGUGCCCCGCCUGCUUCCCGGACGGGCUGCAGCGGUGCCAGUCCUGCGCGCCGUAGCGUUCGCGGCAAGCGGCGGCGUUCGCGGGAAGCGGCGCGUGCGUCGCAGGGCCCCAGCUGACUGCGCGUUGAGCUGCGAAGAAGAGGAGGAGAGGGGAAGAUCGGUCCAAAAAAAAAAAGAAAGAAAAGGAAAGGAGAUGGAAAAUCUGCCAUGUAUUAUGCAGAAGUAAAUUUUAAUGUCGACUAUUUAUAACAGUCAGCAGUGAACCGGGACGACUGACGUGCACAUAAAAGCUCGCUGUGAAAAAGACUUUAUGCAGUACUGCACCCAAUUAAAGGCUGUACACACACGCAUGCACGCAAGCGCGCACACACACACACACACAUACGCACUCACACUCACAUAUACACGCACACACACACCCAACAAACACACUCAUGCACACACGCAUGUGUACAAACACACAAUGCAGACGACACUCUCUGAAGUACAAGUACACACACACACAUGCACUCACACACACACACACACACACAAACAGGUACACACGCAUAAAAUUUAAGUUUGCAUGUUUGUCAUCGUAAAAAAAAAAAAUUAGCAUGCAUUCAUUUAUCGCGCACAGGCUUAUAUAUUCCAAGCGGUGUCGUUGCUCAGUCAAGAUCGUUUUCCACACUUCCUUUCUGUGUUUAAUUACCAGUCAUAAAACACGACUGGUACCCCAACGACGACUUGUAUGUAUUCAUUUAUUUCAUUAGAACACACAAAUUAGCGCGCUUACCCUCGUAACAAUUACGGCUUGUAUUGACUGCAUUCAUUAGCGCGCGGACAUGAGCCUGGGGCCACUGGAGGACGCUGAAGCUCUUUAAGACACACGAGGCGCGGGAUGCCUCGUGUCCACAAGAUUAAUAAAACGCAUUAAAACGCCACUGAGCAGAAACGGGGUUGUGUGGGAGUGCAUCGAUUGGCACAGUUUAUACCGGCUGCCAAGGAAAAAACUUGCAGGCAGAAAUUAAAACAAAACAUGUAAUGGGCUCAAUUAAACGUGAACUUAUUCAUAGUGGAAAGUUCACUAGACACCUA